AUGGGAAAUCUCGGAACUGGAUACCACUCUAAGCUUGAUUACUUAACAGCAGCAUUUGACACUGAGUAUUUGAUUGAUGACACUACAAAGAAUCAAGUUGCCAUGAACUCUGUAAAUACAGACUUUGAUGUCAAGCAUCUCAUCAGUCAUAAAUUCAACAAUACUAAGAUUCAAGCUGAUAUGAAACACUUCCCCUUCAAGAUCAUUGAUAAGGACAGCAAGCCCAUUAUCUUGAAUUCAAAGAUGAGACCAAAUAAUUCACACCAGAGAAGAUCAUCUCUACUAUCAACAAUGCUGGUGUAA